CAUCGAGUGACGCCAUGUCUUUGUUGAGUUCUUCUGGUUUAAGAAAUCUGCAGUCAUGGGUCGUAUGCACGCUCCUGGUAAGGGUAUAUCCCAGUCAGCUCUUCCAUAUAGAAGAAGUGUACCAACCUGGUUGAAACUUACACCAGAAGAUUGCAAAGAAUUGAUAUUUAAACUAGCCAAAAAGGGUCAUACUCCAUCACAAAUUGGUGUUAUUCUUCGUGACUCUCAUGGAGUAGCACAAGUUCGUUUUCGCACUGGAAACAAAAUUUUAAGAAUUGUCAAGAGUAUGGGAUUAGCUCCAGAUCUACCUGAAGAUUUGUACUAUUUAAUUAAAAAGGCAGUUGCUAUUCGCAAGCAUUUAGAACGAAAUCGUAAAGAUAAAGACAGUAAAUUUCGUUUGAUUUUGGUUGAAUCAAGAAUUCACAGGCUUGGACGAUAUUACAAAACUAAAGGUUCUCUACCACCAAAUUGGAAAUAUGAAAGCUCAACUGCCAGUGCUCUUGUAGCUUGAUUUUGUAUGUUAAUAAUAAUUAUUCAAUAAAUACUUUAAAAAAAA